AUGAACAAAUCUAAAAGAGUUCGAGUCAUAUUCAGUUGUGAUUCUUGUCAUUCAAAGAAACUUAAAUGUGAUCGGCUAAAUCCUUGUCUGGCUUGUAUCAAACUGCAAAUUGAUUGUACUUAUGUUAAAGCAAAUGAUCGGAAAACAAUGGUUACCAAGAAAUCAUCCAAAAUUAAAGAGACUCUAAAGGAAAUUGAGUCUAUAAAAAGAAGAAUUGCUCAAUUAGAAGGAAGUUCUAGUCCCAUAGACCAAUCUACUCCCCCUUCUAAUCAAUCAUACUACCCCAAAUAUAAAGUCGGAGUUAACCCUAUUGAUGACCAUGAUGAUGAGAUUAAUUUCAAUUUGGGAUUCAGAGAAGGUGAAACUGGUCCAUUAUUAAUUUCCCAUAGACCAUUCCCUUAUUUAUUACUAUUAAGAAGAGAUUUGGGUGCAAGAUUUAUGUGGGUAUACUUUCUAAAACUUAUUAAAGAACGGCCACAAUUUUAUGAAACAUCAGUGACUAUAGAAAAUUUAUCUCCACAAAGAAAGAAUGAAAUUAAAAUGAAAACAAAAUUGAAAUUUGGUCAAGGUUAUAUACCUGACACAGAUGAAGGUCCAUUCUCACUUAAUGAAAUUAAAGAAUCAAUAUCUCAUUAUGCAAUUUCAAGAGGUAUUUCCUUCCUAACUUAUACUCAAGUGUUUGAUCCGAUGGUUUCUUAUUUUAGUUUAAUUCCUCCUCCUUGGGUAAAUGAAAAACUCAUAGAUUUAUUCUUUCAACUUAUUUUCCCAGCCAUGCCAAUAAUUGAUGAAAACGAUUUUAGAAUGGAUUUAGAAAGAAUUAUCCCAACUUCUGAAGAUGGUUCUGCAUACUUACACCCCACACCAAAGAUUGAAUCGGCUAAUGAUUUGGCACUUUUGGCAAUUCAUUUAAUCAUUUUAAGAUUUAGUUAUCUAUCAUUAUUCAAUUUCAGAAGUCCUUGUUCUGCUGCUUCUGAACUAUUGAGUUUCCCCAUUUCUGUAGAUACAACUAGAGUUGCAGAAAUAAUCAUGAAAGAAUUUGAUUUAGCCAAGAGACAACCCCUUAUAGUAUUACAAGCAGGAUUGAUGUUAAGAUUAUAUUUUUGUUAUUCUCGUGAACAUUUUGUAUCGGGGAGUGGAACUCAAAUCUCAAUGGGGUCAAUUAUUCAAAUGGCAUAUUCUUUAGGGUUGAAUAGAGAUCCAAUUUGUCUCAAUGUAAAAUCAGGGAAAUAUCAAAAUUUAAGAAGGAAAAUAUGGCAUUACCUUGUUCGAUUGGAUGUUUUGGAUUCGAUUUUAUUUGGAACUUCACUUUCAACUGAUCCAAAAACUUUUGAUGUACCAUUACCAGAAUAUAAUGAAGCACAUUCAAAUUCAAGAGAUAAUGAAUUGGAAGAACAAAUUAUUGCUUCAUUUCAUGAUUUCCAAAAUAUGCUUUCAAUUUGCUACAAAUUGUCUCAUUUACAUUUGAUUGUAAAUGGGAAAUUCAAUGUUAGUUUAGUAACAAACUUGCUUUCUCAAUUGGAAGUUGAAACAUCGUUGAGAUUAUCAACUUUGGAUAAGCAUUUGCAAGAUCCUUCAUUUACAGGCAUAUUAUGUUGUCGGGUAUUACUUUAUAUUAAAUUAUAUCUAGUUUACAAUUAUUGUUGUUUAUAUUAUUAUUAUGAAGCAAAAGGUAGUUCCUUGAAAAUGCAUUAUUUUGAGAAAGUAGUCCACAUUUUAUUAGUUGAUUUACAAGAGUUUGAUUGGAAACGAAUUGAAAAAAUCGACCGUAUCGGGGUUGUAUUGAUGCUUCAACCAUUAUUUUAUGUUUAUAUUCACUUGGUUUCGUCUGUUUUCCUGACUUUACGGUGUAGGGUUUUAGCUACCAUUUAUGAAUUAGAAAGAGAUUCUACCCAAAUAGCAAAAUUUCCAAAUGAGUCUAUAGAAUCCUUUAUGAUUCUAUUAAAGGACUUUGAUUCUUCGAUUCGACGUUUCAUGCUUCAUAAAACCAAAGUAUUGAUUACACUAGGCGAUACAUAUGUAAACUUAUGGCUGCUUACUAUGAUCCAUUCUAAUUGUUUGAAACUUCAAGAAAGUAUGGAUAUAUUAUCAGAAAGUCAUCCUGAUUUGGUAAAAGUUGCUUUUAUUGACUUCACACUGAAAGAAAUUCAUGAUCUUGCAAAGCUUUUCAAAAAGGUCAAUUCAAGAACGUGUAUAGAACCGGAUGAUAUUUGGACAGGAUCAGAAGAUGAUCUAAUUCAGGAAAUGCAAGUCAGUAACUUUUGGACUCAAAUGAGAAAAAUUAUCACUGAAGAAAUGGUAACUAGUUCUUGGAUUGAUAAAGCAAGAUUAUUUAAUAAUUCAGUCCCUGAGUUCAAUUUUGAUUUGGAUGUUAACAAUUUCUUAUUAGAUAGUGGGUUUGCUUCUGUUUGA